GUGUGUGUAACUGUGUGUAUGUAGAUUGUGGGUGUGUGUAACGAGGAGCUGCAGGCUGCCCAGCAGUGGAACGGCCCUGGGGUCAUCGACAUCCUCAAGUCUGUGCCUGGGGCGGGGGGCCCGUGGCUCAUCACCGACAUGAGGAGGGGGGAGUCCGUGUUUGAGAUCGACCCCCAGCUCCAGGAGCGCGUGGACGUGGGAGUGGAGCGGGAGGGCUCCAACCUCAGCGGCGUCAGCGGCCGCCUCGCCUGGGCCAGCGGCGCCCCCGGCAACGGCCGUCGCCGUGGUGACCGCAACGGCCGUCACCAAGGAGAUCGCCCCGGCAACGGCCAUCGCCAAGGAGACCGCGCCGGCGGGGAGGGGCCACGGGGCCCUCGCACCCUGUCCCACAGAGACUCAGCUGGGAUCCGCGCUGCGCUCAGAAGGGGACUUGGAGCCACGGGGGUCAGGGGAGGGGGAGCGCUGAUCCCUGCAACAACCAUCGCUUACAACCACCACCACCACCAGCAGCAGCUACAACCACACAGCAACACCACCAACCACGAUCGGACAGGCGUGAAGAUGGAGCCACGUGACGAUGGCGACGACGAUGGCGACGAGGAGGAGGAUGAGGAGGAGGAUGAGGAUGAGGAGGAGGGGGGUGUGGGGGGUGCCCCUCCCCCCACGGGCCCCGUGCCCCCUGAACUGGUGCCACCUCGUCGUGUCCACCAGCUCCACCUCCUCCUCAACCUGGAGUCGGCCUCCCUGCUGCCACUCGCGCUCAGGGGGCGGCUGCGCCACGGACGACACUUCACCUUCAAGGACGUGACGGGGGACGCUGCGGUCACGCUCGUCAGCCCCGGGGUGGAGGGAGCUGUCGUCAGCCCCCUCUGCCCCUACGCCUCCCAGGGGCCUUGGCUGCAGGUGCUGCUGCCCACUGAGCGUGUGGACGAGCUGCUCAGGGACCUGGAAGAGCUCCCGGGACUGGAAGAGGUUAAUCUCCCGCGUGAGUUCCGGUGGCCAGAGAUGAAACUCGCCAUCACCAUCCUCCCCGACUCGGAUUUCGACUCGCACUGACCCGGCCAUCGUGAACCCCCCUCGCACGCAGAGACACACACAGAGAGAGAGAGAGAGAGAC